AGUUGUAGAUCUACGGAAGCCGCGCUGCUACCGCCCGUUAACAGUCGUUUGUGUGUUUUCCUGUCAAAGUCAGUCUCUGCUCCUCGUUUGUUGAUCAUGGCGUUUCCUCAAACAUGGAGAUAGUUUUCAGCUUCGUGUCUCUAACCGUCACUAAGAUCUUAGAGUUCUCCGGUCUGCUGGAUGACAGGAAUGUCCUGAGGAGCAAGAAGAUGGAGGAGAAAGCGUUGGAGGUUUACGGUGAGUGGAGCUCCAACAGGCCUGAGAGAGAAACUGAUGUUGGAGAAGUUCAGACCAACUCUGGAGCUCCAGAGAACUUCCUGAUUUAACACAGAGAGAUUUCACGUUAACGCGGAUUUACAGAGACAGGAAACCUCUUCACCAGUCAGCCUCUGUACACAAAGUUCAUAUGAGACGUUAUACACAAGAAUAAUAAACACAAAAGGAGUUAAAAUGUUUGAUUUUAACACCAAAAGUGGGUAAAGUUUCAGACACAAACCCGAGAUCAGACAGCAGACUGGUUCAGAGAGUCACGUGAGAACUACACGAGAUCCGGGCGAGAUUAGCUCGAUUUAUGACGUGAUUUCUUUGAAAAGGCCAAAUAUCUUUCUUUCUUUUUUCUUCAUUCAUCUCAAACUUUAACGACAACAACGACAAUGACGCCUCCUCUUCUUGUUCUCUGUCCUCCUCAGAUGUGAUCCGAUCGAUCCGGGACCCGGAGAAGCCCAACACCCUGGAGGAGCUGGACGUGGUGACGGAGAAGUGUGUGGAGGUGAAGGAGCUGGGAGAAGACGAGUAUCUCAUCAUCAUCAAGUUUUCUCCCACCGUCCCUCACUGCUCUCUGGCCACUCUGAUCGGUGAGUCUGAGUUCAUCUACAGACCAAGAACCAGCAGAGAGGGAGGGUGAUCAGAGUCCACAUUCAGUCUUCUCGGUGUUAUGGAAGUGAAUUCAGAGCGUUUGUAGAGAACAGACCUCUGCUAAAAAACGAACCAGUGCAGCAGCAGCAUUAAUCUGCCUGAUUCAGCAGAUUACCUUCUCCUCCUCCGUGCUGUAAUCUUGUAAUCUUAACAGUGAGAGCCAAAAUACAACAGGGUUUAUCGACUUCUUACUUUAUCAGAUACUUUAACAGCUCAGUGAUUUUUAACUGAGACCUUUAGAGGACGGAGACCAUGGUCCUUUAAGAGAGGAGGUCAAACUGUAGGAGACAGGGAGGAGGUCUGUGGUUCACUUUUGUCCUGAAAACCAAAAUGAAGAUCAAAUUAAACCUGAAGAUACCAACUCUUCAUCUCUGCUCCGUCAAGUCUGCACAUUUUUAGUGAUGUGGUCCAAAACAAGCAGAUUGACCUACAUGGACCUAAAGGGGGCGCUCUAAUCAGCUUUUUAGAUUCUGCAGGAGUCUAACACUGCAGAGAGGCGAGAGCUAACUAACUAACUAACUAACUAACUAACAAGCUAACUAACUAACGUACUAACUAACGUACUAACUAACAAACUAACGAACUAACUAACUAAAUAACUAACUAACCAACGAACAAACUAACUAACUAACUAACUAACUAACUAACUAACUAACUAACUAACAAGCUAACUAACUAACGUACUAACUAACGUACUAACUAACAAACUAACGAACUAACUAACUAAAUAACUAACUAACCAACGAACAAACUAACUAACUAACUAACUAACUAACUAACUAACUAACUAACUAACUAACUAUCUAGCUAACUAACCAACUGGCUAACUAACUAACGUACUAACUAACUAACGAAUGAACGAACGGACGAACUAACUAAGGAACUAAUGAACUAACUAACAAGCUAACUAACUAACGUACUAACUAACAAACUAACGAACUAGCUAAAUAACUAACUAACCAACCAAAGAACAAACUCACAAACUAGCUAACUAACUAACUAACUAACUAAUGAACUAACAAGCUAACGAGCUAACUGACUAACUAACUAACUGACUAACAAACUAUCUAACGGACGAACUGACUAACGAACUAGAUAACUAAAUAACUAACUAACAAACAAAUGAACGAACUUACUAACUAACUAACUAACUAAAUAACAAGCUAACGAACUAACUAACUAACUAACUAAUGAACGAAUAGACUGAUGGACCGACCAACUGACUAACUAACUAACUAACUAACUAACUAACUAACUAACUAACAAGCUAACAAGCUAACGAACAAACUAAUUUACUGACUAACUAACUAACUAACUAACGAACCACACCAGCAGCAGACAUGAUCAGCAGGAAUGAAGAAGAGUAAAUUCUGAAGAUCGGUCCGGUGAAAUUUUCUGAACAUUUCGUUGUUUUUUAAAAACAGUAAACAGAUCGUCUUUGUAAAACGAACCUGUCAGUUAUAAAUAUUUACAAACAUUUACAUCUCUGUCAAUAAUCGGUGGAGCAGAAACGAACGUGUGUUUUCAUCCUUUCGUUUUCUGAAUCAGUUGUUGAUUCAAAGUUCACACACAGUCCUUCAGCCUGUUAAAUUGGUUCUGUGCGUGAAAGCUCGACCUCUGACCUCAUUACUGCUGGCGGCUGCUGAUGGGUCUUAUCUUUGAGCUGCAGAUGCAGAACCGUUACAGAGUGAAGAAACCCGUCCUUAUCCUCGUUCAUGUAUUCAGAUCUGUGUGACGAGGUCUCCUCAUAUCUUCGUCUCUGUGGGCUCACAGGGAUCUUCUCUCUACACCUGCAUGCUUGAACCUGUUCUCUGUCUCUGCAGGUCUGUGCUUACAGGUGAAGCUGCAGAGAUGUCUGCCAUUCAAACACAAGGUGAGGAUCACACCAGCCAGGGUUAAAAACACAGUGGAGCUCUGCAGUUCUGACAGACAACCGCUUCCUCUGAUUACUGAGAAAAUUCACCCUUUCAUUCAAAACUAAGUCAGAGGGGUUUUACCUGAAACAUGUCUGUGAUCAGUGGGCAGGUGAAUCCCAGAAAAUGUGACUAUUGCGAAGACGUAAAAGUCAAAGUUAUAAAGUUUUAAAGUUAUAAAAUUCAAAAGAGUAAAAAAAAGUCAUAUAACUUGAAAGCAGGGUUCGACAGUGUGGCCGUUUCACUCGUAUUUAAGACUAAAAGUUUCAGGUUGGAUAUAUUUUCCUAUAAAUACGGCAGUGAAGUUAGUUUCAGGUUGGAUAUAUUUUCCUGUAAAUACGGCGGUGAAGUUAGUUUUAGGUUGGAUAUAUUUUCCUGUAAAUACAGCGGUGAAGUUAGUUCUAGGUUGGAUAUAUUUUCCUGUAAAUACAGCGGUGAAGUUAGUUUCAGGUUGGAUAUAUUUUCCUGUAAAUACGGCGGUGAAGUUAGUUUCAGGUUGGAUAUAUUUUCCUGUAAAUACGGCGGUGAAGUUAGUUUUAGGUUGGAUAUAUUUUCCUGUAAAUACGGCGGUGAAGUUAGUUUUAGGUUGGAUAUAUUUUCCUGUAAAUACGGCGGUGAAGUUAGUUUCAGGUUGGAUAUAUUUUCCUGUAAAUACGGCGGUGAAGUUAGUUUUAGGUUGGAUAUAUUUUCCUGUAAAUACGGCGGUGAAGUUAGUUUUAGGUUGGAUAUAUUUUCCUGUAAAUACGGCGGUGAAGUUAGUUUUAGGUUGGAUAUAUUUUCCUGUAAAUACGGCGGUGAAGUUAGUUUUAGGUUGGAUAUAUUUUCCUGUAAAUAUGGCGGUGAAGUUAGUUUCAGGUUGGAUAUAUUUUCCUGUAAAUUGGGCGGUGAAGUUAGUUUUAGGUUGGAUCUAUUUUCCUGUAAAUACGGCGGUGAAGUUAGUUUCAGGUUGGAUAUAUUUUCCUGUAAAUACAGCGGUGAAGUUAGUUUUAGGUUGGAUAUAUUUUCUUGUAAAUACGGCAGUGAAGUUAGUUUCAGGUUGGAUAUAUUUUCCUGUAAAUACGGCGGUGAAGUUAGUUUUAGGUUGGAUAUAUUUUCUUGUAAAUACGGCGGUGAAGUUAGUUUUAGGUUGGAUAUAUUUUCCUGUAAAUACGGCGGUGAAGUUAGUUUCAGGUUGGAUAUAUUUUCCUGUAAAUACGGCGGUGAAGUUAGUUUCAGGUUGGAUAUAUUUUCCUGUAAAUACGGCGGUGAAGUUAGUUUCAGGUUGGAUAUAUUUUCCUGUAAAUACGGCGGUGAAGUUAGUUUCAGGUUGGAUAUAUUUUCCUGUAAAUACGGCGGUGAAGUUAGUUUCAGGUUGGAUAUAUUUUCCUGUAAAUACAGCGGUGAAGUUAGUUUUAGGUUGGAUAUAUUUUCCUGUAAAUACAGCGGUGAAGUUAGUUUCAGGUUGGAUAUAUUUUCCUGUAAAUAUGGCGGUGAAGUUAGUUUUAGGUUGGAUAUAUUUUCCUGUAAAUACGGCGGUGAAGUUAGUUUCAGGUUGGAUAUAUUUUCCUGUAAAUACAGCAGUGAAGUUAGUUUUAGGUUGGAUAUAUUUUCUUGUAAAUACGGCAGUGAAGUUAGUUUCAGGUUGGAUAUAUUUUCCUGUAAAUACGGCGGUGAAGUUAGUUUUAGGUUGGAUAUAUUUUCUUGUAAAUACGGCGGUGAAGUUAGUUUUAGGUUGGAUAUAUUUUCCUGUAAAUACAGCGGUGAAGUUAGUUUUAGGUUGGAUAUAUUUUCCUGUAAAUACGGCGGUGAAGUUAGUUUCAGGUUGGAUAUAUUUUCCUGUAAAUACGGCGGUGAAGUUAGUUUCAGGUUGGAUAUAUUUUCCUGUAAAUACGGCGGUGAAGUUAGUUUCAGGUUGGAUAUAUUUUCCUGUAAAUACAGCGGUGAAGUUAGUUUUAGGUUGGAUAUAUUUUCCUGUAAAUACGGCGGUGAAGUUAGUUUUAGGUUGGAUAUAUUUUCCUGUAAAUACGGCGGUGAAGUUAGUUUUAGGUUGGAUAUAUUUUCCUGUAAAUACGGCGGUGAAGUUAGUUUCAGGUUGGAUAUAUUUUCCUGUAAAUAUGGCGGUGAAGUUAGUUUCAGGUUGGAUAUAUUUUCCUGUAAAUACAGCGGUGAAGUUAGUUUCAGGUUGGAUAUAUUUUCCUGUAAAUACGGCGGUGAAGUUAGUUUCAGGUUGGAUAUCUGACGGACAUUCUCUGAGGAUCUACCGGUGUCUUCUCACUCUCCAUAACCGGGAAUAACAACAGCAGCGCGGUUAAAUCUACUCGACACCCUCACUGUCAACGUCGGUGUUGAAUAAGGGACCGUCAAUAAAUUACCGGUUGAUCAGAAAGAAAAUCUGGUCACAGUGUUAGGAGGUUAACGUCAUGAUCUUCACUUAUGAUAAAGUCUUUAUAAAAGGAGGAUAAAGUGAUGAUGACCUCAAUAUGACCUUAUUUUCCUGACACUUGGACUUUAAUCUCCUCCAACAUAAUUCUGGUAGAUUAACGACUUAUUUCUCAAAGUCUCAUCUUUAUUUUUAUUGAUAUGAUUUUUCUUGGAUUCAGCUGUUUAAUUAUUUUAGAUCUGCAGUUUUUCUUGGUUUCUCCUCUGACCUCUAAACUCCAUGUAAAGACAUAAACACUGAAUUUAGUUUCAAUUUUAAAAUCACAGAAAUAUAAAGAAACUGUUUUUAUUUUUUAUCUUCACAGCUGGAAAUUUACAUUUCAGAGGGAACCCACUCGACGGAGGAGGACAGUGAGUCUGAUUAUCCAACUCAGCUGUGUGUGUGUGUGUGUGUGUGUGUGUGUGUGUGUGUGUAUGUUAGAAACAGUUGUUCCAGGAUGUGUUUAAAAACAUAAUUAUCAUAAUUCACUCAGUCACUCCACUAAGUCUAAAAGUCCAAGCCAAGUCUCAGACAGAGGAGUCAGGACCACCUGAGAACACUGUAAAUACCGUAUUACCUGUAAUAGAGGAGGCUCUGGUUCAGAGGAAACUCUUCUAAGAGAUUUACAGUCCUGUGAGGAGUCAUGUUUGAUCAUCAGCAUCUCUGUGUCUCCAGUCAACAAGCAGAUCAACGAUAAGGAGCGAGUGGCGGCCGCCAUGGAGAACCCCAACCUGAGGGAGAUCGUGGAGCAGUGCGUCACAGAACCCGACGACUGAGCCGACCAGAACACCUCUGAGCCCGAGUUUGUGUGUGUGACGGUCGGAGGCAGACGUCCGUGUCGGAUUUUUAUUCUGAAGAGAAACAGCAGCUCUGAAGACAUCAUGAAGCAAAGAUCUGAGUGUGUGUGUGUGUGUGUGUGUGUGUGUGUGUGUGUGUGUGUGUGUGUGUGUGUGUAGACCCUGUGAUCAUUCCUGCUGCUCAGAUCUUCGUCAUGGUCAGUUUUUCCUCCUUCAGUCCGGCGGCUCCCUGGAUCCUCCUCUGCGGUGACUUUUUACAGACGUGUCCUUUUUCUAAAAACACUCACUGAGGACGUUUCAGAGAAUCUGAAUCUUUAUCGACGGGAUUAAAAAAUAAAUUAAUCUGUGAUGUUUAAAAAAAUCCACAAGUAAAAGUUUCUUCAAAACCAGGUUUCUGCUGAGUCGGCUGUUUGACCCACCAGGACAUGAUUCAGAACCAGGAGGUCCGUCACCAGAACCAGAGAGGAGGUUUUCUUCUUCACAAUACAUCCUCCACCUCCUCUUCCUCCUCUCCUCUCCUCCUCCUCCUCCUCCCUCUCCUCCUCCUCCUCCUCCUUCAUCCUUCUUCUUCUCCUCCUCCUAUUCUUCUUCUCCUCCACCCCCCCUCCUGGUUCUCCUCCUCCUACUCCUACUCCUCCUCUUUCUCCUCCCUUUCCCCCUCCCUCUCCUUCCUCCACCUCUUCUUCUCCUCCUUCUCCUCCUACUUUUCUUCCUCUUCCUCCUCCAUCCUUCUUUUUCUCCCCCUCCUUCUCCUCCACCUCCUCCUUCUCCCGCCUCAGCUCCUGUGGUCUGGGUUGUAGAUGUAAUGACGGCUCUCUGCCUGUUGGGGGAGCUGUAGUUCUUGCUGUGUGUUUCUGCUCCGUUCUGAACAGUGUGUGUUUUAAUGUUCCCCUCACACACUCACACACUCACACACACACACACACACACACACUCUGUGAUUAUUCUGGACCAUUAGACCGUCAGAAUCUACAUGAGGAACCAGACUGUGAAUUUUCCACGCCGUCAUUAUUGAAAACAGGAGCAGAGUGGACGUCCACGUUUGACCCACUAAUGAAGGUUCUUCUUCUCUCUCUGGUUCUGGCCGGUCCAGUUUGAAGAUCCAGGUCCUCCUUCAGCCUCAUCCUCUGGUCUGAAUCUGUAAAUAAACCCACUCAGACUUUCACCCUCUUCACCUCAAACCCCACCCUGCAGGGCGGCUGCUGUGGACUGUGGUAUCAGCUGAUGGUCUGUGGGUGCAGCCUCAGUACCGGGGUCCUCCUGCUGGUUCCUGUUGCUCUGAAUUCUGGGUCGUUACAACAAACAGUAAAUACAGUAAUAACAGUAAAAAUCCAGCAGCAUGAGUCCACCUUCAAAAUCACGACUCAAGCGUGUAGACUGCUUCGUCCACAGGGGGCGCCAAAAUCAACACAAGCUGAAAGUUCCUCAGAGGAGCUUUAAUUCUAUCACGGAGGAUCCUGCUCACCACUCCCUUUAAUUACAAAUGUGUAUCUGCUGAAUAAACGCUUGAAUCGUCAGCAUACGUAGAGAGGUGUGACGUUUCCAGUCCUGAAGGAAGACCAUUACGCCGAAUUUUCACCACAUCUGGAACGGCGGUGAUUUUCGCCGUCCAACAAUUCCUACUGGAUCCGUUUGUGAGGCGAAUUUUGUGGCGGAUUACGGACAGCAGGAAUCACAAGAACUCACAAGAACCCGUGAUAACGAGUUGUCUCCAUAAAGACAGACAUAUAGACAUAUAAGCAGUAGAUUGUGUCCUUCCAGAGGAGGAAAUCUACUUCUAGACUUCUAGAAUCAGCAUCUCCUCAUCCAUGGUGUCAUCGGGGUGAAAUGACGUCUAAAAACCUUUCACUUGUUCGUCUCCGCCCGUUUGCAUGGUGUGAAAUACGAUCCUCCUGAAACACGGAGUGUUUUAUUUUGAAAAGAAGCCGGAUGUUUUAUUUUGAAGUCUGUGCCCGACUUCCUUUCCAGCACGGGUUAAUCUGUGCUGAAUUUAUCCGCCAUGCUCCGGCGUCCAGAAGAAAUAGAACUCUUGUGAUCAGCUGAGGAGUCCGGCGAUCCGCAGAGGAACGGAAAGAAGUCGGUGUAAAUUGACACGUUAACUUGAAUGGUUACGAUCAGCUACGAUCGGAGGAUACGACCUUUUAGGAGACGAUCAGGAUGAAGGGGGAGGUCGGGGGUCAGUGAAGACUGUAAAGAGCAGUCAGCUGAUGCAGCUUCUCUGAGGAACUCCAUGUUUCACAAACUUCACUUCUGAACAUCUCCCAUUAAAACACCAGUUUCCUUCGAUCAGUCUAUCGGCUGUUCCUCCAUGAUUUUAUAUUUUCAGUCAAACACUUCAGUCUCUCUCAGCAGUGACUCCUGAUCAAUAAAGUCCGAAGCUGCAGAGAAAUCAGGUGUUACAGCCCUGAUUGUUUCCUUCCUUUGUGCCCCUCUGAGGGAGUAUUUAAAGGUCAUUUCUGGCCGAUGUUGACAGCCCUCCGCUCCUGAGAUUUCCUGUUUAUUACCAAAUGGCGGUACAGUCACGCUGAGCCCGGCCCAGCUUCUUAAAAUGCCAGACAGCCCGCUUUGGUUUUCCAAGGACUGUGCUGCAAAAUCCCCCCAAAGGGCAAAAACAAGCUCCAAGUGUGGAGGGGAGAAGGCUGGUGAUGGAGGCAGAGCUUUGCAUUAAUGAGGAGCAUUAAAGUGGUGAAGAUGAGAGCGAGAGGAGAUCAGUUUACAUGGACCACCUGCUUCUGAGAGAGAGCUGUGAUUGGUUUGAGAGGAACUACGUUUACAUGCACACCAUACUCAGGCUCAUGUGUAGAUCUGGAUGAGGUGUUUACUCAACAACAGAGAGUUAAAGGUGGGGUAGGCAAGAUCUGAGGAAGGACCAGUUUUUGGGAGAAAUCUUGAAUGUAAAGUCCCGCCCACAAACAGACGCUCCUGCUCGCUCGUAUCGUUCCAGUUAAAUUCAGAUAUAAUGCAGAUAAAUCCUUUAGAUCAUUACAAAUGGGGCCCAGUCAAGGUGAAAGUCAAAAGCAUUGGUGCUACUGUAGAUGCCAACAGACUACCAGCAAACACAAUGUUUGCAGGACUUCUACAACGAGGAUAAAGUGACAUAGUCCAGGACCCGAGGGAGGACAGUUUAGCGAUGGCGCUACAACACGCUACAGCAGGUCCGUUUGACAAGAAACACUUCUGUUACAGACACUUGUCUUACUUUGUUAAAGCGGUUUACCUGUCCAGCAGAAAGGUUACAGGGUCACCAAGAUCCCCAAGCGUCCCCCAUCGUUUAUGUUGACCCGGCUUUUUAGCUCUUGUCCGGUCUACCUCCGUUUUAAGCGCCCGUUAUUCCUCCAGAGUCUCCGGUAUUUACUUUGUUUUCUUGCUUGUGUCGGCAGUCGUGGCUAAAGGAGGAUUCAGACAAUUUUCCGAACUUUCUGGUUGGUUUCUACUGUCCGAUAUUGUAGCACGCUAACUUUGUUUGGGCUCAUGAACGACACGGGGAAACAGCAUUUUCUUGCUGACUGUUUUCUUGCUGACUGUUUUCUUGCUGACUGUUUUUUUGUUGACUGUUUUCUUGUUGACUGUUUUCUUGUUGACUGUUUUUUUGCUGACUGUUUUUUGUUGACUGUUUUGGUGUUGACUGUUUAUGGUUGACUGUUUAUGGUUGACUGUUUUCUUGUUGACUGUUUUUUGCUGACUGUUUUCUUGCUGACUGUUUUCUUGUUGACUGUUUUCUUGUUGACUGUUUUCUUGCUGACUGUUUUCUUGCUGACUGUUUUCUUGUUGACUGUUUUCUUGUUAAAUGUUUUUUGCUGACUGUUUUCUUGCUGACUGUUUUCUUGUUGACUGUAUUUUUGCUGACUGUUUUUUGUUGACUGUUUUUUGCUGACUGUUUUCUUGCUGACUGUUUUCUUGUUGACUGUUUUCUUGUUGACUGUUUUUUGCUGACUGUUUUCUUGCUGACUGUUUUCUUGCUGACUGUUUUCUUGUUGACUGUUUUUUGUUGACUGUUUUGGUGUUGACUGUUUUUUGCUGACUGUUUUUGUUGACUGUUUUGGUGUUGACCGUUUUCCUGUUGACCGGUUUGGUGUUGACUGAUUUGGUGUUGACUGGUUUGGUGUUGACUGUUUUCUUGUUGACUGUUUUCUUGUUGACUGUUUUUUGUUGACUGUUUUCUUGCUGACUGUUUUCUUGUUGACUGUUUUUUGCUGACUGUUUUUUGUUGACUGUUUUGGUGUUGACCGUUUUCCUGUUGACCGGUUUGGUGUUGACUGGUUUGGUGUUGACUGUUUUCUUGCUGACUGUUUAUGUUUGAGUGUUUUCUUGUUGACAGUUUUUUGUUGACAGUUUUUUGCUGACUGUUUUCUUGCUGACUGUUUUUUGUUGACUGUUUUGGUGUUGACCGUUUUCCUGUUGACCGGUUUGGUGUUGACUGGUUUGGUGUUGACUGUUUUGGUGUUGACCGUUUUCCUGUUGACCGGUUUGGUGUUGACUGUUUUCUUGCUGACUGUUUUCUUGCUGACUGUUUAUGUUUGAGUGUUUUCUUGCUUGUGUCGGCAGUCGUGGCCAAAGGAGGAUUCAGACAAUUUUCCGAACUUUCUGGUUGGUUUCUACUGUCCGAUAUUGUAGCACGCUAACUUUGUUUGGGCUCCUCAGUGAAUGUUGAAGACUUCUCCUCUCCUGGUCCUGAAAUGGGGCCCGGCUGCAGACGGAUCAGUCUUUCCUUUAGAAUUUACCGUAAUACAGAAAUAAAGUGCACUUAAAAAACAUCCUGUUUGCCGACAGCAGCAUCAUCAACGUGAAGCUUGUUAAUUGUUCGAGUCUGUUCAGGUCACUCUAACAUCUGAUCAGAUCCUCAGGGCGCCCUCCUCUGGAGGUUUCCUGUAACUUCACACUCAGAGGAGACCGUCGGGGAUCUCGCUGGAGGGACUGUGGACCAUCUGGUCUGGAAAUGUCUCAGGAUCACCCUGAGGGAGCUGUGACCUUCUCAGUGACCUUCUCAGCCUGCUGCUGCUGUGGAGAAGGUGAAGAAGGUGGAAAUGUUGGAGCUUCACGGCAUCGUCACCAGCUCUGACAAACUGUUCCCCACAGAAUCACCAGGGUUAGUCCGCAGCCCAGUAAAUGAUCAAAUCUGCAGAAAGGUUCUGAUCCACCUACACCCACGAGUCCUGCAGAGUCCCUGCUGAGAUCUGAACCUCCAGAACCUCCAGCAGCUCAGAAUUUGCAUGAGGUUGAAAGUAUUUCUUGGUGUUGAUAGUUUUCUGGCAGCAGGAGCUCAUUAAGGUCAGAGGAAUUAAAAUGUUUAUGUGAUCAAAUGUGUAGGCAGAGGUGGAGAAGAUCUGCAGAACCGUGCAGGAGUGAGGAAAGAGGAGGAGCUACAGGCCAUGUAGGUGGAGAAGGUUUAGCAGCAGGUGCAGAGGUGUGUGUGGUUCAGGUGACAAAGAUCUGAAACCUGACGCGGUCUUCACAGAAUGAUGGAAACACGUUCUCACUCACAGGAUCUUCACAGGAUCUUCUAACCGCUCGACAGCGAAGAGGAAUCCAAUCAGAGAGUUUUUCUGUAUCUUUAACAGCCUGCAGAAAACAGGAAACAGGUCAGUCGAACAGGAAGGAAACAUCUGUGAAGGUCAGGGGAUCCUCGCAGCAGCCGUCAAACACCGCUCCACCUCAGCGUGUGAGGAUCUGCUCAGACCUACAGAAGUUUUACUCGUGCAGGACUCUGAGGUCACGAUAACAACGAUAAAAUAUUCAGCACUGGGCUGGAUUUUCAAAAUAAAGUGCAGAUAGAGGAGAUCCUUCGACUCUCUUUGGAAACAAGCGGACAAGUGUUCUCCUGCAGGGGCGUGUCCAGACCUUUGGACCACAGUGGCCCAACUGUCACUCUGACAUGGGUAACCCCCAAUUCCCACCACGUCUAAAACGGCGGCGAUUUUUCGCUGUGCGCCAAUUCCUACUGGAGGUGAAUUUCAUGGCAGAUUACGAACAGCAGGAAUCACAAGAACUCGCAGAUUCACGUUCAAUCGCGCGAUAACGAGUUGUCUCUCUAAAGACAGACACAUAGACAUAUAAGCAGUAGAUUGUGUCCUUUCAGAGGAGAAAAUCUACUUCUAGACUUCUAGAAUCAGCAUCUCCUCAUCCAUGGUGUCAUCGGGGUGAAAUGACGUCUAAAAACCUUUCACUUGUUCGUCUCCGAGUGUUUUAUUUUGAAAAGAAGCCGGAUGUUUUAUUUUGUGUCUGUGCCCGACUUCCUUUCCAGCACGGGUUAAUCUGUGCUGAAUUUAUCUGCCAUGCUCCGGCGUCCAGAAAAACUAGAACUCUUGUGAUCAGCUGAGGAGUCCGGCGAUCCGCAGAGGAACGGAAAGAAGUCGGUGUAAAUUGACACGUUAACUUGAAUGGUUACGAUCAGCUACGAUCGGAGGAUACGACCUUUUAGGAGACGAUCAGGAUGAAGGUGGAAGUCGGGGGUCAGGGAAACGUUGACUGUCACCACAGCACUGAAGGUAAAGUUCAGUAAAUCUGAGUUUGUGACUGUUUGUCUGAAUUUAGAGGAUUUUUAUUCAUAAAUAAACUCUGAAGAAAAGAGUUUUCUCCAGAUUCUUCUUUGUGGAGCUUCAUCUCCUCCAGCUCGCUGAUGCUGGGGUGGGUGGAUGUCCUGACACAGUUCAUCUGUGUUUGUUCUCAGAGCUGACAGGAACCUCUGCGCUCUGUCGUCUCCAACAUCCAGCAGAGAAAUGUGAGUCCGCCUCCAGCUCUCCUCACUGAGUCCAGACAGCUGCCAGGGUCAGUCAGGACCUCCUCACCGCGUCACAGUCGAUUUCCACUCCACCAUCUGUCAGCAGACUCUGGGGCGCCCUGCCAAGACCUCCAGCUCCUGAGGAACAGUUUGAUCAUUGGAGUAAAGUGGCCUCUCCGUCAGGUCCUGACCUGCUUUAUAGGAUUCGUCUUUUUUACGGAUGUGCACUCACACAUGAGCAGGAGUUCGACCUGUUUACUGCUGCUGCUGACGUGUCUGAGGGUUUAAUCUGCUGAGGUUUGACAUGAGAGAGGACCACGAGGGAGAAGGUCAAACAGUCCGUCCUCAAAUCAGCCCAGAUCUACAGACACCUGAAGGACGUGGAGCGUCUGCCUCACAACCAAUCAGGUUAGAGGAGGUGGAGAACGGCUUUGUUUACAGUCAGAAAGAGCGGACCGCUCAAAAAUGUUCAAAUGUUGACGACACAGACAUAAGAGAACACAGAGAUAUCGAUAUAUUACCAAAUAAUCAAUAACUAAUAACUAUUGACUGAUAUUAGAAGAUUUAUCGUUCAUACUCCACAGAGUCGUGUCGACUCCUGCCUCUUUAUGAACAGAAAAUAAACAAAAACAGUUUCUUCUUACCGGGGUGAAAAAAACGCUCAUGUCUGCUGUGAAGUUUGAGAUUUAACACUGGACGCUAUGGGGGUUGACUCCCUUUAGGAGCUGCCUCUAGUGGUCAGUUAAGGAACUACAUUUUUGCUUUUUUCCUGCUUUAACACUGAUAGAAAAAGCAGCAAAAAAGCAACAGGUGGAUACCUUGCUCCACCCUAUAUUUCGGAGAUGCUCCACCCUCAUUGCCCACCCCGACCCCUAAGAUCAGCUGAUCAGCUUUUACUGACGGUCCCCAGUACUAGGCUGAAGCUCAGAGGGGACAGAGCGUUUGCAGCUGCUGCCCCUAAGCUCUAGAAUGAGUUGCCCUUGAAAAUUAGACAGGCCUCCUCAUUUCCUGUUUUUAAAUCCCUUUUAAAAACGCACUUUUACUCAUUGGCUUUUAGUACAUUGUAGUGUUAAUUUGUGUUUUUUAUCAUCUUAGCACUUGCCGUGAGCCUCCUUAUUUAUACACUUAUUUAUUCUUUUGUAUUACUGUAUUUCUGCUUGCGUUAUCUUGUUUUUUGAUUGUUUUAUUUGUUUUUAUGUCACUGUACAGCACUUUGGCUACCCUUGUGGUUAUUUUAAAUGUGCUAUAUAAAUAAAGUUGAUUGAUUGAUUGAUUGAUUGAUUGAUAAAAACGAGUGUAAAAGAUGAGGAGGAAAGUAAAGGAGAAAGGUUUUAAAUUUUGGAGCUUUUUUACCGUCUGAACAUGAACGUUUGUUUGAGUUUUCCAGCAAAGAAGAGUCCAGAGGGUUUCUGAGUUUGAAGGAACGACAACAUAGAAUAAUGAAGCAUCAACAGGGUGAUAAACAACAGCUGCAGAAGAGGAAGAAGAGUGUUUUCAUUUCAUUUGUCUUUGUCUGAGUGUGUGUGUGUGUGUGUGUGUGAGAUUAGAGCCAGCAGACUCUCAGUUUAAUGAAAACAUGUUUUAAUUCACACACACACUCCCGUAUCUCUCUCUCUGAGCCUGAAAACACGUCUCUUUCCUGUGGCUCAGCAUCCUCGUAUUAUUCAUCCCACACAGUUACAGUCUCCUUCAGUCUGUCCGUUCACAGACUGGAAUAAAAACAACAUGAAGACGUGAUUUCCUCAGAGAAAGAACUUUAUUCUUCUGAGUUACUCUCUUUAUUUCUCUUUACUGUCUGCCGUUUCUCUUCCCUCGUCUCUUCUCUUUCUUAAACUCAAACUUCUUCUCUGUAAAGAUGAGGAGAAGAUUUCAGCUUCACUGUUCACUCCUCAUUAAACAGGAAAUCAGAGGCUGUAGUUUCUGAUGAAGAGGACACGGUCAAAGACUUUCAGGGUUUUAAUGGUGUUGUUAACCCUGCUGCUCUUCAGUCACGGUGCUGCAGCUCCUGAAAACGGAGCGGAUUUUACAUCAUCUUUAGAUUAAACUACGUCGGUAAUGAGAGACUGCAGAGAGAACCGGCUCACAGGCCGGGCCGGGUCAACUCAGCUUCAUAAUUUCACUAAUUUAGAGACUCUGAGCCGAACUCUCCUCUGAGUUUAUAUGAACACUUGGUCUGCUCUCUGAACUCUCCCUUUAAUGCUCUUGUUGUUUCUCGUUGUUUUCCCCCUGAAGUCAGCUCAUGAAUUCUCUCGUCAUUUCUCCAGAACAUCCUCCUGCCUGCUGUGAUUCCUCUAUCUACAGCUCCUCAGGCGUUCUUUCACAUGUGCACCAGCUCACAGAGUCUCUGUUCGUUCUGCAGCACAGAUACACAUGCAUGAAACCUCUGUGCAUGUUUUUCUGUUGUCAUCAGUCUGCACUCCGACUCUCUCUUUGUUCAGCCUCAGCUCUGUCGGUGUCAUUUUCUUUUAUUAUCUUAUUUUGACUCAGAAACAGCAGCAGAGUCUGUCUGUGAGAGGACGGCUCUGUGAUCGACGACGGCGGAGGAGGAGGAAGUAACAGAGGGAGGAAAGU